GUUCCCUCUGUUGGAGAACAGCGGCAUCUGGGAGGGAGGAGGAAAGGAACGAGCUGAGGGAAAACAGAGGGGAGGAGAAAAUAGACAGGAGCCCAGCGAGGAGGACGCGAACACACUGGAGAGGAGGACACCACUGCUUCACUGACGCCCUCGUGAUUGGAUGAAGAGAGAACUGCUGACUACCAGUAUGGACGCGUUACAUCCUGGAGUUUCCUACAGCCCUUAGUUCUCUGAUCUGCAGCUGAGCCAACUGAACCCUAAACCGUGACCAGCCCCGGUCUAUGACUGACCUCCUGUCAGGUGAUCUGUCUUGUGCCACGAUGAUGUCAGUAGAUGUGACCAAUCGUAAUGGCCCCGCUGCCACGCCUCCCACCUCACUCAGCCUUCGCUCCUCACACAACCAGCUGCUGAGCAGCGAUGUAAUCAAGCAGGGUUCCGCCACGCCGCCCAAGUGUCGCAAAAAGUAUGCACUUACCAGUAUCCAGGCCGCCAUGGGCCUCGGAGAAGCGGCGCCAUCAUCCUCAUCAUCACCAUUAUCCCCAUCACAUUCUUCAACACCCAACAAUCCCAAACUAGCCAAGAACGGAAUGAACCAGCUUCGUAAAGCCGGUCAAGAUCACAACAAAAACACAACCAGCCCUGACUUGACGGACCUGGAGUCCGAAAAUACAGCAGAUGACCUUAAUGUCAACACAGCUGAAGAGGAUGACAGUCACACUCUCACCAAUAAUGACCGAGAGGAUGAUGUCAUUGAGGUAGACGUUGAACUGCACUCGGACACUAACACUGACGCACAGCCAGAGCAGAUAACUGAAUCAGACAUAGACUGUAACAUAAACACGACUGUGGAGCUCAAUGUGAACGGCAACACAACAGUUUUAGGCUUUGACUUGAACAUCGAGGCAGAGGAGAGUGAUGACAUCAGCAUUCUGUCUGAGAAGGAAAUGAUGUCAAAGAUACAGAUUGAGGAAGAUGGAGAUGAGGUGGUAGUAGAGGAGCAGGAAGACGAGGAGAAUAAGCCUUUACUGAUGAUAAAAAGUGAGUCUCCUUUGACGAACCAUAAAGUUUCUUCAGGCCAGGAUCUCAUCUCUGACCUCCACUCCAACUUCAAGCUCCUCAAAUCAGGCAAGGACUCCCCGGUGCCUCCUCCUCCUUCCCCACCUAAGCAGGCCAGCCCAGAGGACACACCCCUGCUCUCAGUGGCCUCCUGCUCCUCCUCCUCGUCCUCCUCCUCUCCAGAGACGAAGAAGGACAGAAGGACUGGGGCGAAGACAGACUGUGCUUUGAACCGCAUCCAGAAUCUGAACCCCAGUGACGAAGAAUUGAGUUGGACCACGCUGUCCCAGGAGAGCAACUCUCCAGAAGAGACAGAUAUCUGGAGUGAGCAGUCAUUCCAGACAGACCCUGACCUGCCUCCGGGAUGGAAGAAGAUCACGGACAUGGCCGGGAUCUACUACUGGCACAUUCCUACAGGCACCACCCAGUGGGAGAGGCCUGCCACUCGCCCAGCACCCCCUGGACAGACAGAGUCCCAGGCUCUGGGCGACCACACAGUCUCCACACAACGUGAACACUCCUUGGGCUCACUCAGCCCCUCACCCACUCCUGACCAAGAGGCGGAGGUCUUCUUUAGGGGGUCGACUCGUUCGGGCAGCACAACCUCUGACAGCUCAGUGGAGCCUCUCCCCACUCACGAAACCACCCUCACCACAUGUGGAUUUGUCAACAGUUGCUACUUUCCUCGUUCCACAUCUCUACAGGGGAUGCCUGAUCCAGAGUGUCUCUCUCAGCAUCUUGAAGAUGAGGACAAGAAACAGGGGUGGAGUGUUGUUGGCGGAAAGAUUGAUAGUGAAGUGUGGAAGGACCUGCAAGCUGCCACGGUGAACCCUGACCCCAGUCUGAAGGAGUUUGAGGGUGCUACGCUUCGCUACGCAUCACUCAAGCUAAGGAACCGUCCAACAGUGGAAGAAGAAGAGUCUGGCAAUGUCAACGGUGACCCAGCAACAAAGUGUUUUGCAGUGCGCUCUCUGGGAUGGGUGGAAAUGGCUGAGGAGGACUUGGCUCCUGGAAAGAGCAGUGUUGCUGUUAACAACUGCAUCCGACAGCUGUCCUACUGCAAGAAUGACAUCCGAGACACUGUCGGCAUCUGGGGAGAGGGGAAGGACAUGUACCUGGUGCUGGAGAAUAAUAUGUUGAACCUGGUCGACCCCAUGGACCGCAGUGUGCUUCACUCUCAGCCAAUCGCAAGUAUCCGGGUCUGGGGUGUUGGCCGGGACAAUGGCAGAGAGAGGGACUUUGCAUAUGUGGCACGGGAUAAAAACACCAGGAUCCUAAAAUGUCAUGUGUUCCGCUGUGACACGCCAGCCAAAGCCAUCGCCACAAGCCUGCAUGAGAUCUGCUCCCGGAUAAUGACAGAGCGAAAGAAUGCCAAAGCAAUGGCAGGCUCUCUCCAGGACAGGAUGCAGGCAGGACUAGAUCUCCCUUUACAAGCAGAGUUCCCCACACCAAAGACAGAGCUGGUUCAGAAGUUUCAGGUGCUUUACCUUGGGAUGUUGCCUGUGGCCAGACCAAUAGGCUCUUCUCCAGGCAUGGACAUACUGAACGGAGCUAUAGACAGUCUAAUCGGUUCUUCCAACAGAGAGGACUGGACCCCGGUAGCCCUCAAUGUGGCAGAUGCUACUGUCACCAUCAGCAAAGACGAGGACGAAGAGGAAGUGCUGGUGGAGUGUCGUGUUCGAUUCCUGUCUUUCAUGGGUGUUGGGCGGAAUGUGCACACAUUUGCCUUCAUCAUGGAUGCUGGCGGCCAUCGUUUUGACUGUCACAUCUUCUGGUGUGAGCCCAACGCUGGGAAUGUGUCGGAGGCUGUACAGGCCGCUUGUAUGCUGCGGUAUCAGAAGUGUUUGGUGGCUCGACCCCCCUCCCAGAAGGCCUGCGGCACGUCGCCCCCUGGGGACUCAGUGUCCCGUCGGGUAUCGACCAGCGUGAAGAGAGGCGUCCUGUCGCUCAUCGACACCCUCAAACAAAAGAGACCCGUCACCGAGUUGCCACAGUAACCAUGAUUGAGCACUAUCGACUCCCUGCCACAACCAGUCACCAUGGUAACUAGUGGCAUCGCUGCCAAAAACCUGUCGCCACCACAGAGCCCAGUAACCUUGGAAACACAACAAAGCCCCAGUGUAAUUCCGUUACAUUUCUGGACUAACAUUGGAAUUUCACCUCAAGAGUUUCUCAGCUCUAGAGCUGAAAUUCAAAUCGGUUUCCUCAAAAUAACUGAGAGGAAUAAAGACUUUAAUCCCGCAAAAAGAAGGAACAACCACCGAGAAACACCUGAGUAGUGAUAGUGUACAUAGAAGUAACUCCCCCCCGCCCCCCACACACACACCUCAGCACAGAAAAGGAGAGGAAAGGAGAGCAAAAGCUAAAUAAGUAGGAAGUGCUUCUUCCAGCACAGCACGUGUGAUGAGCGAGCUCAUUGGUGCCAAUACUGCUGAUCUCUCCAAGCUCUAAUUGUAUUUGUGUCUGUGCUGCCAGCAUGACCGUGCACACCCGGCCACACCCUCUGUCAUUCACCUGGUUGUCCUGUUAGUCUGUAGUGGCUUUCCCCCCUCUGCCCCUCUUUCUCAUUGUCCUCUGUAGACUGUAACAUGAAGUGAAGUGGAAGGAAGGAAUCAUCAAAGCCAUCGCGUCUGAUUUCCAAAUCAGUUUGUAAUGAAUGAAAGAAGGAAGCUGCUACAGACUGAAGAGAUUUGGUCGUCCGUCUACACACUCUAACCUGUUCAACUGAUCCUGCAUGAACUUUUUAUAUAAAAGUGAAUCAUUGUAGACAUUAUCGAUACACUGCUGCUGCUUAGAGAAGGGGUGAGAAAUCCGAAGCCACAUUUUUUUUUUUUUUUUUUUUUCUUCUUCUUAUUUCUUUGUUUCUCGUCAACUGUGCAAGAAUCAGCCUGAAGGGUCUAAACGAGCGGUGACCUACCUUUCACCCGAAACAUCACUCAUGUACUUCCUUUUUACUUGUUGUUUUUACUCCUUCAUUAUCCCUUGGAAAAUGACAGUCGAAUGCCAUAAUGGAGGAAGAGAUGCAGGGAUGGACAGUGUUACCCCUCCCUCUCUAGUUAACAGCACCAGCCUGCUGCUCCAAACACAGGACACAUCGGCAUGCUGCUGCUGCUGCUCUUCGAUACACAUGCUGGGGGAAGAUUUGACAGAUUAUUCCUUUAAAUCCCACCUCAGUAUCAGUCCUCAGAGACUUCAUGUCCACUAAUAAAAUGGGGCUGGCAACACAAGAAAGGCUGGAGGAGUCCUACAAAGAAGAUAACUGGAGGAAUGUGUUUUUGUACCUGGGUAUGGUGGCGGCUGAGAUCUGACCUGUGAGGAGGAGAGAAGGAGAGAGACGGGUUCUGUCUCCAGCCUCAGCUGUUUUUCGAGAUGAAAGCCAACAGAGAGACAUGUUGACUUAAACUAACAGGACUUUCCUGGGCUAUCUAUCUGUCUCCAGGGUUCUGUUCAGUUGAAUGCGUUUUUUUUUUCCGUUACCCACUCCUUACUGUACAUCUGUUUUCGUCAGUACCACAAGAUCACUUGCGUUUCCUCACUCAAAUCUCAAUUCAACAAUGCUAGCUCCUUAUUAUCCCGUAUCUGACAAGCGUGGAUGUAUGGUUAUAACUAAAGAAGUCUUGAAGUUUAUUGCCACUAAAAUCAUAAACAUAUUUUUCCCCGUGGCUGUUCUCUUGGAUGUAGGGCAGCAGAUUAACACCGAACCUUUAUAACUGACCGUUUGCUAAACCCCUCUAUCAGACAGAGAAUGUCUAAUCACAGUUUAGGAACCGUAACAAGGCAUGGCCAGCCUGUCAAGCUUUUGGAUUGUGUAAGGGGCUGUAAGAAGACCAAUACUCAAUGAAUAGUUUGGAGGGUUGUGUCUUUUUCGCCUUUGCAAAACCAAUAACAUGAGCAGAAGUGAAAGAGUUGAUUAAACUGUUUGUCUGCUCUAAUUUUAGCGAUGCUCUAAUUGAUUAGCAUUGGUUAGCAUAUUGGGCUAACUAGCUCACUGAAGAUAGCUAACGAUAUUUUGUGGGUUUACAGGUUACGUAAAAACAUUAACAUAAUAUCUCUGUGUAGAAUUCCCCACUGUCCCCCACUUUAUUAGAGUUAAGGAAUACUGUUAGCAUCUCUGUUCUGUUUGUUAUUGGAUUUAAGGAAAUUUACACUCGCAACCCCAGCCAAGCGUUAUGAUCAAACACAUUAGUUAGUCCUCUUCCUAAAAGCCUGAAGACAUUGUGUUUGAAAAUAUGAUCAAAAAAGCAUGAAUCUAACCUCUGUCCUGGUUGUCUAAAUAUGCAAGCUAAGCAGCCAAACAGGGUUAUGUUAACAAAUAACAAUAAUUACUAAUACUCUGACUAAUUAGUGCUACGCUGCAAUACAAGAACACAGUUCCUUUAUUUCCAUUAGCAUGAUGUGUAUGCGGCCAUCAAGUGUUUAUUCAACACUUUUCAAAGUCAGCCAGAGACAGUGUGGAGCUAUCGUUAGCUUAAUUUUAAAGACGCUUUCUGAGAUCUUUAUUGACAGGACUGCUUGAAGACGGGAAGGUCGAGAGAGUGGGGGGACGACAUGCAGCAAAGGGCUGUGGGUAGGAUUCAAACCCACUGUCACUGCUGAGGACAAGGCCUACAUGGGGCGCACACUCGACUGUGUGAGCUAGAGGUCGCCCCCAUUGUUAGCUUAAUUAGCUGGCUAGCGAGCUAAUUAAAUCAGCUUGCGAUAGUUAAGUUAAUUGAUGGUGACCGGUUAAAACCAGAAGCUGCUUUUUGGUUACUUUUGUGUUAAAUCAAAGAACCAUUAUUUUUAUUGGAGUGGUUAAUUUGCCACUUUUAUUGUAAACUGCAUGCAUGUGAGAAAGUAAAGCUUGACAGGCGUAGCAGCAGUAUCUAAAGGAGGGCCAUAGCGAACGGUCUUGUUGUCUCCAUGUCCUGCACUGAGGUUUUGAACUCCACAGAGAUUCUGAUGAGAAAAUCCAGCCACAUCACCUUCUUUUGUCACAAGGAUGUUGAAAUGUGAAUGAGAUGACAAAAUGUGCGUGUAGAUAAUACCAAUUUAAUGUAACGUUUGGCAUUAAUCAUUGUUAUAAGCUAUCUUUUCAUUUUAAAUGUCUGUUGAAGUUUUCUGUUAUUUUCUUGUAAUGAAAUGCCUUUUUUUUUUUUUUUGAGAACUCACCAAAUGGCCAAAGUGUAAAAUACUGAUACAUUGUUGUAGAUAAGAAAAAUACGAGAGCAAAUGAUGAAACAAGGAGAGGUGAUUGGAAAUUGUCACAGUUGUCAACUACGUUGAUACUGAAUUUAACUGAGCAAAUUAUCUAUGCAUUCUUUUGAUCUCGAGAUAUGGAAAGUCUUGAAAAGCCUUGCAUGCCCUUGGACGGUUAAAAGAACGACUGUAUGUACUGAACAGAAAUAUUUUUUAUUUUAUUUAUUCUAUUUUAUAAAGGUAUAUACUGAUUUUAUUAGUUGGGGCAAGUACAGUCUCUUGACUCAGUUUCAUUGUCUCAGUCCCUGGUUAAGUCACAAUGCUACAACAAGCUCCGCUUUGCAGAAAAAAAGGCAGAUAAAGGAAUAUAUCUUUACCUUGUACAGUGCACUGAGAGCUGGGAGUCCACUGUUGGUCUGAACGGAGGAGGAGGAGGAGGAGGAGGAGGAAGAGGAGGAGGAGGACAGUGGCAACAGCAGUGGACUACCAGUGUCUCUGUCAAGCUCACACACAAACAACAAAAAACACACAUACCUUUCCCACAGAUGGAUGUGUCGGCCUCCGUUUGCUGCUCACUGAUUUGUACACUUUAUCAAUGUAAUCAAUUGUGAGAAUAAACAGCAUUAUAAAACAGGA